AUGCCGUGCUUCGGCCCGAAGAGGGGGCGAGGGUGCCGGGAAGAGCGGAGGGGUGGCUCCAACUUUGACUUCCCGGCCUCUCGAAAGGAAGAGACCCGGCGCGCUCCCGCGCGCGCCCGCCCGCCCAGCCACCGCCACCACGCGCCCGAGCUGCCCCUGAGGCUCCGGCUUAGCACCUUCUUACUAAACAGAUCGGAGGUUGGACUGGGAGGGCGGGGGCCGGAGGCGGGUCAUGGGCUGGGGGGAAGGGUAGACGAGCGGCGGAAACCCUUAGACUCAGAGAAGCAUCGAGAACCGGAAGGAGACCAUGGGAGGAAGGGGCCCGCCUCCAAAUCCACAAAUUCUCGCGAGAUGCAAUGGGGCACCGGAUCGACCUGGGGCGGGCCGUCGCCGGGAAGCACCGCCCCUGAAUGCUUACGUUGGUGGGAGGGAGAGGAAAUGGAGUUCCCGGGACUGAGCCAGAAAGUUGCAAAACUCAUUCAAGAAAUAAGAGUUUGGGGUCCGAAAAACUCAGUACUUACUGAAAUGUCCAGGGGGAGAAAUACAGUGUUUUAUUAUGCCGGUGAAAACGAUGGAGAGCCAAGUACAAGGAUGGUAGGAAACAUUCCUACCUACUUAGAGGGAACUCACAAUAUCCAGGAGGUCCAAGAAGAAAAGCCCUAGAGAAGCUAAUUUGUACUACCCUAAUCUAAACAAGCUUUGGUAUGAAAGUAUAAUGGACCACAUCAAUGCUCUGAAUUAACAGAGCACAGAAAAGAGACAAAUUUGAGGUCAGCUUUCUUGACUGUUUUUGAGCCACAAACCACAUUAGCAGUCUGGUGAAGCCAUGGACUCUUCUCAGAAUUAUGCUUUUAAAUGUAUAAAAUGAGGCUUCCCUAGUGGUGCAGUGGUUGAGAGUCUGCCUGCCAAUGCCGGGGACACGGGUUCGAGCCCUGGUCUGGGAAGAUCCCACAUGCCGCGGAGCAACUAGGCCCAUGAGCCACAACUACUGAGCCUGCGCGUCUGGAGCCUGUGCUCCACAACAAGAGAGGCCGCGACAGUGAGAGGCCCGCGCACCGCGAUGAAGAGUGGCCCCUGCUCGCCAAAACUGGAGAAAGCCCUCGCACAGAAACGAAGACCCAACACAGCCAAAAAUAAAUAAAUAAAUAAAUUUAAAUGUAUAAAAUAAAAUUCAUAGCAUUACAAAAGAAAAAAAUUUGAAACAAGCUCAAAAUAUUCAAGGAAAACAAACUUUUGAUAUAGGAAUAUAUGGGCUUUAUUAACACUGUAAGAUCUAGUGUUGGGUCUAAUAAAGACCAAAUUUUUGAAAUAAUGAUGAACAUAAAAUUUCCAGAGUUUGCAACAGCUGUAAUGUGAUAUAAAGGAUCUGUGAUUCCUAUUGGAGAUACAGACAUAGGUGCAGCUGUUUGCUGCUUUCAGUCAUAAUUGAAGGAAAUGCUAAUUUUCAGUUAGAGAUUAGUAAAAAUAAAGAUGUAAUUCUUUUUUUCCCAAUUUCACACACCCCCUGAAUUCUAUUCAUGGACUUAAUGUUAAAAAACCUUAGGUGGAAUCAAGUAGGCAUAUUACUGUUGGUAAGCUUUGAAAGGAUUGUGACAUUUUAACAUGGAAAUAUAAUUGAUAUUCAUAAUAAUAGUGAUUUAUUAAGAAAAAGUUUACCACUAGUAUACUCUUGUUAAGAAGGAAUGGAAGUGUGUAAUAGUGUAGGAAAUAAAUUCAUCCCAUUUGUUGAUUUCUUUUUUUUUUGGAUACCUAUAAAAGUACCCUAUAGAAAAUUUACCUAUCCAGAAUGAUUCAUUUCCCAAGCAUUCUGGAUAACUUAGGUUUUACUGUAUCACUCUUACUUAUUUGUAAAUGCCUUUACAAAUAAGACGUGGUGGAAGAAUUACAAAAUGAAAAUAAUAACCAAAGAUGAAAGAAAUUAAAAUACUGUGUAUUUAAAAUUCUUAAUAACAAGGGUUAAUAAUUAUUAUUUGAUGUACUGUGUGCUGGGCCCUUUAAUCCCCAUUACACAGAUGAAACAUUCAAGGUCAUACAAUUACUAAGUAAUACAGCCAGGAUUUAAACCUAGGCAGUCUGACCUCAAAGCUCUCACUCUUUUUUUUAAAUUGAAAUAUAGUUGAAAAGCUCUCACUCUUAACUACUAAGGUGUUUAUUUUUUUUACUCUUCGACUGUUAGCCAACUUUAAUUUGCCCACUAGUGUAACAAAUACAUAUUCACUGCCUCAAAAUAUUUUCACCCAGUGUCUAACAGGAAUUAAAAAAAAAUUUUUUUUUGAAGUAUAGUUGAUUUACAAUGUUGUGUUAUAAAAGGAAUUUUCUAAAUUCUUCCUUUGCUGUGGUAUUGCUUAUAACCAACACUACCUUUAAAAUAAGUGGGCUAUCAGUUGGGGCUAGAAAAUAGUUUGUUUUACAGAAAUUUUUGUUGUAAUGGAAUUUUGCUUAGAAGAUGAAGAAAUCCACUCAUGCCUUUUCCUGCCCU